AUGGCCGUCAUCGAGCAGAUGCUGGGCGAGGCUGCCCUUCUUGUUGCAAGACAAGUGAAUACGAAUGUGUUGGCAUCAACCCCGUCGCCCACGGCGUCGCCAACGUCGAGCAUCAUCCCUCCCGCUACUACUACGCCCGCAAGGAACGACAAUUCGGGCAAUGGAGGGUCUAGCUCGCCCCUCCUCUUCUUCGUUGCCCUCGGCUUCGGUGUUGUAUUUACAAAUCUUUGGAUCAUUGUCGGUGUCAAAUAUUGUUUCCGCUAUAACGCCCGCAACCGAGCCAGAAUGAACAAUGAAGACGGUGAACCUAUUACUCUCGAAACCGUCCACCGGCCGCGCAGGCGUCGCGAGAAGAAACUGAUGACCAUGGACGAAGUAAACGAGAAAUUCCCCAUGAUGAAGUACAAAACCUGGGUAUCAGAACGAGCCAGGGAGGGUCUGCCGACUGCUGGAGGAGUUUCUGUCCCGCCAAGCCGAGCAAAUAGCUUGCGUGAUGCCGAUGGUAUUCUCCCCGAUGUGGCACUUGUUAAGAGCCACGUCUCAACUGAAGCUCAUACUAUUGAUGAAUCCGAAGCUGCCACUGCCGCCGAUGUCAACAAAAUGGACGACGAGAAAAAGGCAAGACAAGAAUCAGAGCAGACUGGCGAACCGACGGCACAGACUUCGGGCGGACAGCAAGACAGACCAGUCCUGCUCCGUAGAAUGUCCACUGAAGACGACGAUGACGAACACAUUGAUGCCGCCCUGCCGCCCGAAAGUCUCACAACACCCGGCGAUUCGUGUGCCAUUUGUAUCGAUACUUUGGAAGAUGAUGACGAUGUCAGAGGGCUUACCUGUGGCCACGCUUUCCAUGCUGUUUGUGUCGAUCCAUGGCUGACCAGCAGGCGAGCCUGCUGCCCUCUCUGCAAAGCAGACUACUUCACGCCGAAGCCUCGCCCCAACCAGGAAGGCGAUGCUAAUGCCAGUAACGGCGGCGGACUAGAUGCUCGAAACAAUACCCUCCUCAACCUGCCAAGCGGUCUCCGGUCGGCCUGGUUCCGCAACAAUACUGGAUCAUCUCGAGACGUCUCAUUUAUGCGCGGUGGCCGUGACGGCAGAUCACGGGUCAGACCAUCUCGGACCCGACCGAGCCCUCAGGAGAGCGGCAUAGCCACUACAACGCCGUCUGAACCUAACCGUGGUGGCAUGCUGUCAUCCUUUCGCUCGGCGUUGCCGUUUGGCCAACGAAGGAACCGGCAGCCCUCAUCACCUCCCGCAACGACCGAGCAUGUAACGCCGGCACAACUAGAGUCUGGCGCCCGUCAAGCUGCUAGUCAGUGA